AUGCCUUUCCCUCCCAACUCAGCGGCCAUACAUCUGGUAAACAUAUCGACCGCAGUCCUGGCCAUACAUACUCCUUACGCUCGACAUAUUAAUGAUGACACCCCGGGUCUUCUCCAGGUGCCCGACGCACAGGCCUCCAUAAAUGACGGAUUAGUAAUGCCGACAAACUUGACUGGCAUACCGGCGCAGUUGAACAUCUGGUCGACCAAAGCCCGGGCUUCAUCCUCGUGGGUCAGAUCGGCCGCCAUUUCUAGUACUUUUGCGCCCAAACUUCGGCACCGGUUGGCCACCGCUGAGAGCCCAGAGUCGGCGUACAGUCCGGUCACCACUACGUCGGCACCCGAUUGGGCGAACAAUUCUGCAGUGGCCGCCCCUAUGCCCGAACUGGACCCAGUGAUCAGGGCCACUUUACCACUCAAGUCAUGGAAUCUAACAAUAAUCAAGGAAAUGAUAGAAAUAAAUACCGCUAAUAGGAGUCCGGGAGAGACUAUACAUUCGGUGCGCAUUUCGUGGACUAAUAUCCGGGUGUCGACUAAAACACAGAAAUCAAUGUAUAAUUGCUUUCAAACCAAUGAAACUCCGAAAGAGAUCCUAAGGAACGUAUCGGGUGAAAUUAAAGCUGGAAGUUUGUUGGCCAUAAUGGGCGCCAGUGGCUCCGGAAAGACGACUCUAUUGAAUGUAUUGACGGCAAGAAAUUUAUCGCAACUGUCCGUCAAUGGAGUGGUACUCAUGAAUGGACAGGCAGUCAGUCAGCAGACCAUUGCUUCCGUGUCCUCGUAUAUACAACAACACGAUUUGUUUCAACCGUUGUUUACAGUCAGGGAACACCUAUUAUUUCAGUUUAAUUUAACGAAAUGUGCGGAAACAAGGAUUGGAGACAACAAACAAUUGAAAGGCAUUUCCGGCGGAGAAAUGAAAAGACUGUCCUUAGCUUCAGAAGUCCUCACAAACCCAUCGCUAAUUGAUGAGCCGACCACUGGUUUGGACUCAUUUAUGGCCAAAAGUAUAGUACAAGUGCUGAAGACUAUGGCAUCGGAGGGACGGACUGUCGUCUGUACUAUACAUCAGCCCUCGUCUCUAUACACUGGUUUGGACUUAUUUAUGGCCAAAAGUAUAGUACAAGUGCUGAAGACUAUGGCAUCGGAGGGACGGACUGUCGUCUGUACUAUACAUCAGCCCUCGUCUCUAGUCUUUGAACUCUUCGACAGUCUAUUACUUAUGGCCGACGGAAGGGUGAAGCAAAAGAUUUCUUUUCAUCGCAAGGAUUAGUUUGUCCUAGAACCUACAAUCCAUCGGAUUAUUAUUUGCGGGAAUUAGCAAUAAUGGAUAGUAAUUAUGCGCAAACAAAAAGCA